AUGGGCUGUGUGCAAUGUAAGGAUAAAGAAGCAACCAAACUGACUGACGAGAGGGAUGGCAGCUUAACUCAAAGCUCAGGCUACCGCUAUGGCACAGACCCCACUCCGCAGCACUACCCGAGCUUUGGUGUGACUUCAAUCCCAAACUACAACAACUUCCAUGCCACAGGAGGCCAAGGACUGACUGUGUUUGGUGGAGUCAAUUCCUCCUCUCAUACAGGGACGCUGCGUACAAGAGGAGGAACAGGUGUAACCCUUUUUGUGGCACUUUAUGACUACGAAGCAAGAACAGAAGAUGAUUUGAGUUUUCACAAAGGAGAAAAAUUCCAAAUACUUAACAGCUCGGAAGGAGACUGGUGGGAGGCCCGGUCCUUGACAACAGGCGAAACUGGUUACAUCCCCAGUAAUUAUGUGGCUCCAGUCGAUUCCAUCCAAGCAGAAGAGUGGUACUUUGGCAAACUUGGCCGAAAAGAUGCCGAGAGGCAGCUGUUGUCGUUUGGAAACCCCAGAGGUACCUUCCUGAUCCGAGAAAGUGAAACUACCAAAGGUGCCUAUUCCCUGUCAAUCCGAGACUGGGAUGAUAUGAAAGGAGAUCAUGUCAAACAUUAUAAGAUUCGUAAACUUGACAACGGUGGAUACUACAUCACAACUCGGGCACAGUUUGAAACUCUUCAGCAGCUGGUUCAGCAUUAUUCAGAGAGAGCUGCAGGUCUUUGCUGCCGCUUAGUAGUCCCCUGUCAUAAAGGAAUGCCAAGGCUUACUGAUCUGUCUGUCAAAACCAAAGAUGUCUGGGAAAUUCCACGAGAAUCCCUACAGUUGAUCAAGAGACUGGGAAAUGGGCAGUUUGGGGAAGUAUGGAUGGGUACAUGGAAUGGAAAUACUAAAGUGGCUAUCAAGACCCUGAAGCCUGGCACUAUGUCUCCAGAAUCCUUCUUAGAAGAAGCCCAAAUCAUGAAGAAACUAAAACAUGACAAAUUGGUCCAACUUUAUGCUGUGGUAUCUGAAGAACCUAUCUAUAUUGUGACCGAGUACAUGAGCAAAGGGAGUUUGCUGGAUUUCUUAAAAGACGGAGAAGGAAGAGCUUUGAAGUUACCAAAUUUGGUGGACAUGGCAGCCCAGGUGGCUGCGGGGAUGGCAUACAUCGAGCGGAUGAAUUACAUACACAGAGACCUGCGCUCUGCAAACAUUCUGGUGGGGAAUGGCCUAAUAUGCAAGAUUGCUGACUUUGGCUUGGCAAGGCUGAUCGAAGACAACGAAUAUACAGCCAGACAAGGUGCAAAGUUUCCCAUUAAAUGGACUGCCCCAGAAGCAGCAUUGUAUGGAAGGUUCACAAUAAAGUCGGAUGUGUGGUCUUUUGGGAUCUUGCUGACAGAGCUGGUAACAAAAGGGAGAGUGCCAUACCCAGGCAUGAAUAACCGUGAAGUCUUGGAGCAAGUAGAACGUGGCUACCGGAUGCCAUGUCCUCAGGACUGUCCCAUCUCCUUGCAUGAGCUGAUGAUCCACUGCUGGAAAAAAGACCCAGAGGAGCGUCCAACUUUUGAAUAUUUGCAGGGUUUCCUUGAAGACUACUUCACUGCAACAGAACCCCAGUACCAGCCUGGAGACAACCUGUAAAGCCCUGGUCUCCAGACACUAUCAUGAAUUACCAGGUGUUUCUCAGUCCUGCCCCACCUUUGCCCUUCAGCUUCUCCAGAGUGCAACAUCUUCCUCCAGCACCGCCAUGCACAGGAGGGGCUGAAGCUGGGAACUUCUGCAGCCCUUACCUAUGACCACUUGUCCUAAUAAUCUGAAUGUCCUGGAUGAAAAGGAGAAAAACACUUUUUUUUUUUUUUCCUUAA